AUGACAUCGAUAGCAGAAUUGUUCCCAAAGUGCAGAAAGCUGAGCUAUGAUUCGCGACAACAGCUAGCACAAGUGCAAAAUGGAGUGCUUUAUCCAUCCGAACUUUUCCUUUCAUUGGAUGAACUGACGCGUCAACUCGAGAUCAUGGAGAAGCUUGUGCUGAGAGAAACUCCAGCACAGCGUGAGGUUUGGAGACGAAAGAUUCAGGAACUUAAAGAAGAUGGUGACGCGAUUCGGCGUCAGGGAGCACACUAUGAUCGGAUUGUGAACACAAAUGUCCGGCACCAGAAAGAGCGAGAUCAACUGCUAACAAGAAGGAAACAAAGAAAGCAGUACUCAGGUUCACAGGAGCAAGAUCUGUCCAAUCUAGCCGACGAAGCCCAAAGUUGGCAGCAGUCAAAUUACAUGGUAAAUGAUUUGAUUGGCCAAGGAGAGGCCCAACUUGCUGGAUUGGUGAACCAAAGGGGUAGACUGGGUGGAAUUACUCGCUUCAUGGGGCAAAUUGGAGAUUCUCUCAACAUAUCGAACUCGACAAUGAAAAUAAUUGAAAGGAGAGACGUCACUGACGCUUACUUCGUACUUGGAGGAUGUGUAGUUACAUGCAUUGUCAUAUACUUUGUUUGGUUCUAA